AUGUUAUUUAAAAGACGUUUUAUCACAUACAAUAAUCAUGAUUGUCUUCCAGUCGGUGUUUCAUUAACAAACGAUGAUUCAACAUUAUUGUCAUGUGAUGUGCAUGUCAGUUCAAAUUGUGUACGAUUGUACAAUGUUCAAAAUGGUCAGUUGACACAUAGGAUAUCAAGUACACAUGAAACGCAAUUGGAUCAUCCAAGUGCUGCUAUGAUGAAUUUACGUGAUCAGAUUGUUAUAAAAGAACAUAAUCAUAUCUAUGUUGUUGAUUCUGAUUGUGAAACACUUAUAAAAACGAUCUAUGAUCGAAGUUCGAUGAAAAAUUUAUAUGGUGUUUGUUUAUAUGAAAAUAAAUAUUUGUUAACAAUUGAUCAACAACGUGCAGAAAAUGGUCGCGUUUUGAUGAUCGAUCAAGAUACACCACAAGUUGUUCAUUCAUUUGAUUUAUCACCAAUUAUUUUAGAAGAUGAAAAUUUAAUUCGACAAAAAUAUAAUCGUGAAAUUUUAAAUGGACGAAUAUUACCACCACAAACGAGCAAAUUAAGAUUUUUUGCCGUUAAAAAUGAAAGAAUUUACAUUAGUGAUUUAGGUCGAAGUUUAAUUUAUGUAACAAAUAUUCAUGGUCAAAUGCUAGAUCACCAGUUUACGUUCGGUGGUACCGGUAAUCAACCAGGUGAAUGUUAUGAUCCAGCCGGAUUGGUUAUUGAUGCGGGUGGAAAUAUCAUUAAUGCAGAUAGUAAAAAUGAUCGAAUUCAAGUUUAA